CCUAAGAUGACGGAAACGACGCCCAGAGCCCAAACCCGAGUGAGGAAACGCAUUAUCGUGUGUUGUGACGGAACGUGGCAAGAUGGUCCAUUUUACGCGUUUGUACUGGGUCAGCAGCUCACGAACAACCAGGAGUAUCCACAGGAAACCGUCAAAGCUACACUAACAUCUUGGUUUGUCAGGAUUGCUCGCACAAUCAACCACGAAGAUGCGCGCUACAACCCUCCAAUUCCUCAGAUUGUAUUCUACCAGUCGGGAAUCGGUUCAGAGAAAGGCUGGUAUUCAGAGUAUAUCGUUGGUACAACCGGGGCCACACUUGGCGACAAGGUUGAAGAAGCUUAUGCAUUUAUUGCACAUAACUAUAUGCCUGGUGACGAGAUAUUCCUAUUUGGCUUCUCUAGAGGAGCGUAUACUGCCCGAAUGGUGGCUAUGUUUAUUGGACUCAUUGGGGUGUUGGAUCGCACCGAUAUGGAUCACUUUGCUGGCAUCUUCCUUGCAUGUCAGAAGCUCGGGAAAACGAAGGAUGAUACAGAAAAGCGCACUCUGAAAACUCAGCUUCAUUCCUGGACCGGCGAAAAUUCUCCCGGAAAAAAUCGGACAAAGGCUCCUGAUGACAACUUCUCAGUGAAAUUUGUGGGUGUAUUCGAAACCGUCGGUAGCCUCGGGCUGCCCCAGGAACUCACUCACCGUCCGGGUAUCCAAAAUGUCUUUGGUUUCAACGACCGCUUACUGGGAGAGCACAUUCAAUAUGCAUAUCAAGCAUUGGCUCUGAACGAGCCUCGUGCAGACUUCGAUUGUUGUAAAUUCGAACAAACAUCUCUAGCUGCACAGCGGGGGCAAACCCUGUCUCAAUGCUGGUUCUCUGGAUGCCACGCGGACGUAGGAGGUGGCUACAGGAAUCACGAUUUGGCGGAUAUCACCCUUUUCUGGAUGGCAGCCAACGUCGGCGACCAUCUAUCUCUGGACUACAAGUAUCUUGGGUCUCUGCCGCAACCGGCCUAUCCUUAUGGCGAGCAACCGCCUCACGACCCGCGGACAGGCAUAUUUGCCCUCUCACACAAGUUACAACGCAAAAUACCCACACAAACAAAUAAUGUGACCCAUGAAACCAUUCACGCCUCUGUUCUGCAGCAACGAACGCUCUCCGAGGUUGUUGAUGUUGACAUCGUCACACAUUCCCAUUUGGUUCCUCCACUUUUACCCCUUGAAGAUGCCCUUCGCAAGCAUUGGGCUUCGUUAGGUCCUCCGAACUCUGACGACACCGCAUCUCUCCAACAACAUGUCAAGCACAUUGUGACGCAUACGAACACUGGGCUUGCGACCGAAUCUGGACAACGGAUCCAUGAGAAUAAUUGGCUUGGAAGACUCUUACACGAGGUUACCAACAAACUGGAUUAUUAG